AUGGACAAAAUCAGAGAGAAGCUCAGCAACCUGAAACUCGAGGCCGAGAGCUGGCAAGAGAAGUACGAGGAGGUCAAAGAACAGAUGAAGCAACUGGAGCAGGAAAACACCGAGAAGGAGAACCAGAUCAAGUCACUGACCACCAAGAACCAGCAGCUGGAAGACGAGGUCGAAAAGCUCGAGGGCGAGCUUUCUGAGCACAAGCAGCUUUCCGAGGACUCGCACAACUUGCGCUCGCACAAUGAGAACUUCACCAAGAAGAACCAGCAGCUAGAAGAGGAGCUCGAGGAGAGCGACACCAAGCUCAAGGAGACUACCGACAAGCUGCGUGAGACUGACCUCAAGGCCGAGGGACUUGAGCGCAAGGUUGUGUCUCUGGAGCAGGAGCGCGACGACUGGGAGAAGAAGUAUGAAGAGCUCACCGCCAAGUACGACGAGGCCAAGAAGGAGCUCGACGAGAUUGCUGCAUCGCUGGAAAAUUUAUAA